CUCCCCUAAAGCCCCCUAGCUUCUCCUGUGUGCGCGCUCCCCCUCCUCCCCUCUCCUCCCCACAGCCGUAAAGGCCACUGUGCGCAUGCACGGUCAGCCACAGCGAGCAUCGACACCAAGAUGGCGAGAACACGCCUGGCUCUCCUCCUGACGCUCCUUUCAACUUCGUGCUUCUGCAGCGUGUCGGCCGUGGUGCUGAAAACCAAGAAUUCCAACCCGUGGACCAAUGAGUUCGAUAGCAUCGAGCUCUCCUGUGUCAUCGAAUCCAUCUCUACAAUUGACCCUCGGAUUGAGUGGAAGAAGAUAACAAGCGAAGGGCCGAGUUAUGUCUACUUCAACAAGAAGAUCUCAGGUGACCUGGAAAACAGAGCAGAGAUCCAUACUAUGUCCACGCUGGUGAUAAAGAACGCCACCAGAUCAGACACCGCCAAAUAUCGCUGCGAAGUCACGGCAGCCGACGACCACAGAUCCUUUGACGAGAUCGUCAUCGACCUCGUUGUGAGAGUGAAGCCGGUGGUUCCAAAAUGCAGAGUUCCCAAGGCGGUGCCUUUCGGGAAGUCAACGGAGCUCAGCUGUGUGGAGGAAGAGGGCUUCCCUAGGUCUCAGUACAAGUGGUUCAAGAAUCAGGAGGAGGUUCCUCUGGACCCAAAGGCCAGCCCCAAGUUCUUCAACUCUUCCUACACACUCAGCGCGGAGACAGGAGCCCUGAAAUUCGCGGCGGUCAGGAAGGAGGAUGCAGGAGAGUAUUCCUGCAGAGCACAGAAUGACGCCGGCUUUGCAGAGUGCCCCCCCCAGAAGAUGGAAGUCUAUGACAUCGACAUCGUGGGCAUCGCUCUGGGGGUGCUGGUGGUGGUGGUGGUUCUUCUUUGUAUAACGGUGGGGAUCUGCUGUGCCUACAAGCAAGGCUACUUCUCCAGCCAAAAGCAGACGACCAACAAUUACAAGGUUCCAGCUAAAGGAGACGGCGUGGACUACGUCAGGACGGAGGACGAGGGAGACUUCCGACACAAGUCCUCGUUUGUGAUCUGAGCCGUCGGGACGGGCGGCGGGGGGCUUGUCGCCGGGCGGAGCCGCGCUCCGACUGAAAUCCAACCACUCUGACUUGCCAAAGCUGCGGGAACUCGCAGACGUUUGGGUUCGCUCACAGGGACUGCAGACAGUUUUAACAGUUUCAUCCUCGACUGAGUUCAUUUGCUAAAUUAUGAUUGUUACCGUACAGUGUGGAAAACUAACGGGAGCAGAGCUCGGUGCAGAUCUCUGCUCCAGCGGCUGGAGGAGGAAGGAGGCGGAGCUCCAGUCCAUCCUGACGACUUUCUAUUGUAAAAAUUGUGCUUCUGCCAUUUGUAUAACAUUUCUUUUCUACUGUUGAAAUUUGUCAGACUAUUUUUGAUGGAAUAUAUUUUAAACUUCCUAUAGAUAAAUGUUUACUUUUUUAAGCGUCUGUAAAAUACUAACGUUUUCUUUGUGGAUAAAAGUAUUUAACACUU